GGUUCCUGUAGAUUAGCGCCUAACCCUGGGUUAAAAUUCGCUAAUCCUAGGUUAGCUAACCUAAGGAUAACUCACCAUUCCCGAAAGCCGAGUUAACCCCCGAUUAACUAACCCUGGGUUAGAAAUGGCUUCCAAGCUAGAAACCGGCCAUAAACCGGUUUGGCGGGAUUUUCCGAGCAACCACAGGACUCCCAAGACGUAAACAAAACUGCCAAACGCGCGCUUUUCGCGCCCUUUUCGACUUUCGGCUUUUUGAUUAUUUUUUUUUCCGAUCGUAAACAUGGACUCCAAGAAGUCAAAGCGCAAGCCGAAUUUUUCCAUUGAGGAAAUAACUAUUAUCACGGAGUCGGUGGCAGAGAAAAAAGAGAUACUAAAUUCAAAGUUGACAAAUUCUGUCACAAACAAAUUAAAGAAUAGUGUGUGGGAGGAAAUAAAGGAUAAAGUGAACGCAGUUGGAGUUGCUCCACGAAGUCUUGUAGAGGUAAAAGACAAAUGGAAAAACCUCCUCUCCCAAGCAAAGAGGGAGAACUCAGAGUUCAAGCGGGAGAGGGGCAAAACCGGAGGGGGUCCAGCACCCAAGCCUCCAUCCGCCGCCACGGCAAAAAUAAUAGAGGAGUACCAAGACACUCCCAGUUUUUCCGGGCUGAUUGGUUUUGAGACCGGCGAUUCGUUGACUGAUGACUUAGAAGAACCAUCGGUUUUAGAUCAGGUUGAAGAAUCAGAGGUUCAUCUUCCUACUUUACAUGCUACCCCUCCUCCAAAGAAAAAAAAAAUUAAUGCAGAUGACGUACUACAAGUGCAGUAUGAGGCCUUACAGCUUCAAAAGGAGAAUCUCCUCCUGAAAAAUCAAAAACUACAAUUGGAGGUCUUUCUUUUGAGGAAAAGUAUAACAGAGGAAUGAGGGCCCUGAUACACAUUCAGAUCUGGCUCAUCAUCAGGUCCAGCUGCUGGGCCAUCAUAUAUGUCAUUUCUCAAGAUUGCAAUAUUAUGCAAUACAGCACAAGCCCCUAUUAACUGGCUGACUUUCUCGGGCUUCAUUAUGACCUCACCGUGCAUAAGGUGGAACCGCCUCUUGAAUAGGCCAAAGCAUUGUUCAAUUUUAACCCUUGUUUUUGAAUGGGCUUCAUUGAAGUCUUCCUAAUAACAUAGUAAAAAAUAUAUAUUUUGAAAUAAAUGGAUUGAAAUAAA